UCUAUAAAUGAGAUCAGUUUAAAAAAUAACAACAAUAACAACAACGACGGCAGUACGACGAACAUACGCCAACCUAUACUUUGGUUGUGCGAAAUCAUUUAUUAAAUAAGCACAGAACUUUUGUUCAGUCAACGCUCAACAGCUGACAAGUGCAAACGUUGGUGUGUAUCGUUGGUAGGCAAGCACACAAGUGAAGUGGACCUCACGCAAUACAACAACAUCAAGAAUAUUAAAAGCAACUUUAACUUGCAUAAAAUAUAAUAAAAUGGCAACUUUGAUUAGAAAAUUGAUUUGCACCACCAACGCAGCUAAGCCAGUAGCGCCAUACAAUCAAGCCGUUGUUGCUGAUCGCACUGUAUAUGUGUCUGGUUGUUUGGGUUUGGAUAAGAACACUAUGCAACUUGUGGCAGGCGGUGCCGCUGAGCAGACUGAGAUGGCCUUGAAGAAUAUGGAAGCUGUGCUUGUUGCUGCUGGCUCUGGCGUUGAUAAAGUGGUCAAGAAUACAAUCUUCGUAAAAGAUCUCAAUGACUUCGGUACAGUGAACGAAGUCUACAAGAAAGUGUUCUCAAAAGAUUUCCCCGCACGUAGUUGCGUACAAGUUGCCCGCUUGCCUAUGGACGCACUUGUUGAAAUUGAAUGUAUUGCGCUGACUGGUGCCGUAUCAACAGUUUCAGAAUGACUGGAGGUUGACAUGAUUAGAGAUAAAGACGCUGUUGACGACAGUAAACAAGCAUUUAAAACUGCUGCAAAGUUAUAAGUUUUCAAUGUAUAUGAAUAUAAUUAUGUCAAUUAAAAAUAAAUAGAUUUGUUUCAA